AGCCGCUCUGUGCGCUCACUGGCUGCUCAGCCUCUAGUGUGCGAGGAGCCCGUUCCCAGGUCGGACUGCCGCGACCGAUCACCGGUCUGUAGGCGGCUGAAGAGCUCAGAGUGCGGACACACAGCUGCACAGAGCCGGGAGAAGUCAGAGGAGACUGUACGCUCGGAUCUAAGAGAUGGAGUGCAUUGAAAGGACUCAGACACUCUGAAAGUUUGCAUUUCAGACAUGGUGACACAAACCAUCAGGCAAUUACUCACAACAAAGUCAGCCCUCAUUCUCGCCUGAGGUUUGAGGUGCAGCGGAGGAUGACACCUGCACCCCGCUUGGCGAGGACCGACGCGUUGUUCCACACUUCAACAUCUUUGAAGAAGAGUAGCUCAACGCUUUUGUAAGAGGGACUUUCUGCGUCUAGUUCUGCAGACAGAUCAGUAUCCUGCUCGCUGCCGUCUCUAGACAUCGGCUGUGGCUGGAGAAACAGCGCGUUGUUUUGCGCUCCUUUAGAUCUUCAUUGCUCCAUCGCGGACUGCGGCAAAAAGCAUCAUAUCGCACCCGGACAUCUCACACACACAGGUCUCUGCAGCCACAGUCAUUCAAACUGUGUGCAGCUCACACUGAAAUGCCCGCACUCAUCUCUUCAUGCUGUUUCCCUGUUGAGAGUUCUCAUCUGCUGGAUAAAAAGAAAUGAAAUAGAGCUUUGCGUCUCCUAUAGGCUACACAACGUCAGUAACGCACUUUGUCUAUAGAGCACUGACUCACCAUGGGCACUGUACUAUCACUGUCACCCAGCUCUCGGAAAUCAGGCUACUAUGACAACCGGCCGGGCUCGCUCAGCCACUACCCGAGCAUCAGCAGCCGCUCUCUCAACAGCCAGAAAGACCGCGGGCUGAAGCGGGGACAGUCUAUCUUCCUCCCACCGCUCACCUGGAAGCGACUGGUGGCUUCAACGAAGAAGAAGGGCAACCCCAAGAAAGGCUCCGGUGGUCAAGUGGCUCUGGGAGACCCUCUCAACAACAACAACAACAUCAACAUCUACCAAAAGGACCCCCUUUUGCACCUCAACCGCGAGAAUGUGAAGAAGUCACUGUCAUGUGCCAACCUGUCCAGCUACGAGGGCCCAGCAGGACUGGGUCUGGGGCUCGGUUACGGCCUGGGGAUGGGCCAGGGGCACGGAUUUGGCUACAGCAAGUCCCAACAGCUCUCCUCUGUGAAAAAGGUUCCACAAGGGACGGUGAAUUCGUCCCCGAAGCGCGUCAUCGUCCAGGCGUCCACAAGCGAGCUCCUGCGCUGCCUGGGGGAGUUCCUGUGCUGUCGCUGCUAUCGCCUGAAGCAUCUGUCUCCGGCCGACCCGGUGCUGUGGCUGCGGGCUGUGGACCGCUCACUGCUGUUGCAGGGCUGGCAGGACCAGGCCUUCGUCACGCCUGCAAACGUGGUCUUUGUCUACAUGCUGUGCCGAGACGUCGUGGACGGCGACCUUGUGGCGUCAGAGCACGAGCUGCAGGCCAUCCUGCUCACCUGCCUCUACCUGUCCUAUUCCUACAUGGGCAACGAGAUCUCGUACCCACUCAAGCCUUUUCUGGUUGAGGCGGGUAAGGAGGCCUUCUGGGACCGCUGCCUCGCAAUCAUUGAUGCCACCAGCUCCAAGAUGCUGCGCAUCAACGCAGAUCCGCACUUUUUCACACAAGUAUUUGCUGAACUCAAGAGUGAAGGCGGCUGUGGCCCACAGGACUAUAGUCGGGUGCUGGAUCGAUGAGAGGAAGUUUGACCGCAUGCCUUUUCGUACACUCAUGCACAUGUAAACUUGCACACAGACACACACAUUUGUCUCGUACAGAUUUCUCUCCCCUUUCCUUUCUCUGCUGCCUUGCAGGAGCCAUGAAGGACCAUCUUGACAGAGUUAUGUCAACUUAUUUAUUGAUUCCAUCGGUGUUUGUUGCUAUUAUCCCAUCCUUCCACAGAUAUAAAUAUCUGUGGACUUAUGAG